AUGAAGACUGACAUCUUGGCGUUGUUUGAAACACAUGCUAGUGGAAACAGAGCGGGUCAAAUUUGUCAGGGACUAGGUUUCGAGAAUUCGUUUAGAGUGGAUGUUGUGGGUUAUAGUAGGGGUAUAUGGCUCUUAUGGCGGUCUGGAAUUGGUGACAUGGAGAUAGUCGAAUCAACGGAUCAGUUCGUUGUGGCAAAGCUCCGUACUGGGAUGGAGAUUGUGAAUAUGAUCGUGGUUUAUGCGGCUCCGACGGUGAUUCGGCGCAGUGGUAUUUGGGAUAAGUUAGCGGCAGUUGUCCAAGGUUUGGUUGGUCCGUUAUUCAACGGUGGAGAUUUUAAUACAAUUGUGCGAUUAGAUGAGAGGUCUGGGGACAUGGGGUUUCGCGGGAACAAGUUUACCUGGAGGAGAGGAAGAGUGGAGGAUACGUUUGUGACCAAGAGACUGGAUAGAGUCUUGUGUUGCCCUCAUGCUAGGUUGAAGUGGCAAGAGGCACGAGUGACUCAUUUACCUUUUUUGGCAUCAGAUCAUGCACCGUUAUAUGUUCAGAUGUGCCCUGUAGUUGGAAGAGAUCCAGAUAGGCGACCAUUCAGGUUUGUGGCAGCAUGGUUAACACACCCUAGUUUUAAAGAGUUGCUGGUGGCUUCAUGGAAUGUCAGUCUUACCACCCCGGAAGCUUUGAAUGAGUUAAGUGUUAAGCUGAAACAGUGGAAUAGAGAUGUUUUUGGUGCUAUUCAGAAGCGUAAGGAUGGCAUUGUUCGGGAGCUUCAGAUAGUGCAAGAUGCACUUGAUUUGGCGCCAUCAGAUGAUAUGUUGAGUCAAGAGGAGGUUUUACUGAAACAGUUCGAAGAGGUGUUAGAACAAAAGGAAAUAUUAUGGUUUCAAAAGUCGAGGGAGAAGUGGGUGGCACUUGGGGACCAUAACACGAAGUAUUUUCACACUUCGACUGUCAUACGGAGACGACAUAAUCGGGUUGAAAUGCUUCGAAACGAUGAGGAUCAGUGGACUUAUGAUGCAACAAAGCUUGAGAAUCUCGCAGUUCAAUAUUAUAAGAGUCUCAUACGGGAGGAUCGAGAGUGUUUAAAUCGAACAUUCACAGCAAUAGAGGUGGAAGAAGCUGUUCGCAGUAUGGGGAAGUUUAAAGCUCCGGGCCCCGAUGGUUAUCAGCCUGUGUUCUAUCAAGAGUGUUGGGAGGUGGUUCGAGAAUCCGUGGUGAGAUUUGUUCUUGACUUCUUUAAUUCAGGGACUCUGCCUCCGGAAACAAAUGAUGCUCUUGUGGUUCUUAUACCACAGGUUGCUACGCCAGAACGCAUAGUCCAAUUCUGCCCUAUUAGUUUAUGCAACGUCUUGUUUAAGACCAUUACCAAGAUGAUGGUUCUCAGGCUCAACCGUGUUAUCGGAGGUUUGAUUGGUCCUGGUCAAUCUAGUUUCAUUCCUGGCAGGUUAAGUAUUGACAAUAUCGUGGUAGUUCAAGACGCUGUACAUUCAAUGCGGAGGAAGAAAGGUCGCAAGGGGUGGAUGCUUUUGAAAUUGCAUUUGGAGAAGGCUUAUAAUAGGAUCCGUUAA